AUGGCGGAUCUGCAACCUGAAUCAAUGAAUAGACCGUCAGCAGUGGAGCAAAGUCAAACGCUAAUAGUCGCUAAGACAAACAAUCACCUCACGGGUCACAAAACUACUAAGUUGCAAAGAUCGACACAGAACCAGGUCUUUUGGGUUCUUCGAGCCCUUUUCGGCGUUGUAGGCGCUAUUCUUUACACUGCAUUAUACAUCGUUAUUAUAUUUGUUUAUGUUCGACGCCGUGGCGACAAUAAUGUGAUCGACUCACCCUACCCUGUUAACGCAAAGAUCGUUUCAGGCCUCUGGUUCGUUUUCUCAGUCUUCAUUCUGGACUUGAGCCGUAUAGGACUGUCGGCUUGCGAAGCCGCAGGUUUAACUUUGAUAUCUUUCGCGCCUUCAACAGCUGUGAAGCUUUUAUGGCAUGCUGAUAAGUCUUGGUGCACGGUGACUGGGUUGCUUAGCGUUAUAACCACAGCGGUCACUCUUUUGUGGCAAAGGCUCAAGGAUGACAGGAUUAGACCCUCGCGAUCUUUCCCUGGGAGACUGUGGUGGAUUCUUUUGUUCAUACAUGCUCCACUGUGGAUUGCCGCACCGCUGUCUGGUUUAACGUUUAGUCUGGGCACUAUAUCGACACUUACCGCCAACGACUUCUCAGUCAUUGGUGUUAACGAGUCAACUUUCGACUUGCGGGGAUGGACGACAGUUAUGGACGUUGCGGUUAUUCGCUGGUCUCAAAACCUACAGACAACCCCGAAAGCACCAAACAUCUUCUACGCGCCGGCAGGUUCGCAGCACGUUAGUCAGACAUUUUACAACGACAGAAUCAGUACAUUUCAGGAUGGUGACUCGAUUUCCUUCUUCGCAGCUCCUGAGGCCGAUUCCCUACUGAACGGCACUGCAUGGGGCUUGAAAGGCAAUAUCAGCUGUCGACUGGUCAACCCACUUAAAGACCUGCAGUUGCUUACAGUUCGGGAUCUGGGAGAUUUUUCUAAUACUACUUCCGGGCCUGUUGGAUAUAAAGAAUCGUUCGAUAUUUAUGGCGCCAGCUCCGCAAUUCUUGCAGCCAGCAACAGCAGUUCCGAACAAUUCAGGUCCAAAGGCGAAGAUGGCUACAGUUACCCUAGUAGUGUGAAGGGAACGGAUGGACAACCUGUUCAUGACAGUCAAUUGGAAAUUGUCAUGUGGCAAUAUUACAACACGUCCGAUGUUGAGGAUCCUACUAUGAAAAAAAUGAGAAACCGAGACGUGGUGGUGGCCAGCCCUCUUCCUGAGCCAUCCGCAAAUCCCGACAUCCUGGCUUUUGGCUUGUCAUUCCAAAUACAGUCCUCUGUUGGUUAUGCCGAAAUAUCAGCUAGACAAAGAACUUACUCCAACUUUCGGUGGUUUGGAAGUUCGCCCGUCCUGAGGAAUGAGACUUAUGGACUUGACCCGGACUGCCCGGGUUGCUUGUCUGACGAAGUCCAUUGCGACGAUCUAAAACAGUUGCAAUGUCAGAACCAAGAACAAAAAAAUCAGCAAAUGAUGCAAACGAUCUCGGCGAGACAUAUAAUUAUGUUGGAAAACUUGAUACUGGCCGCCCUUACUUGUGAAAAGAUGGGCGGAUCCAUGGUACCACAGACUUGCUUCAAUGCCUGGUACAUGGCGAAUGUUGCAACAGGUGGAAAACUGUACGCACAUAGGUAUGAUUCCGAAUUACAGGCCCCGGCACUUAGUCCCGAGCGCAUGCGGCUAGCAGUGUUGAAACUAGCCGGCGAAUUGGCGGCCGCGAUGAUGGGACCUGGGGUGGAACCAUUUAAGGGAGAUCUGUCGGGCGUCCAGACCAUUAGGGCACUUAAACCUGGUGUCAUCAAUUGGAAACCAAUCCUGGCAUUGCUCUGUCUUUGGACGCUCGCUGUCACUAUCUCGACAGCUUUCUUCCUAUUUAGAGGAUGCGACGCACCUUUACUAGAUGGGUACCAGUUGUUUAAGGUUGGGGCUGAAUGGGGCGAGGAGGUUAAAGGAGCGGCACAAGAUAACUUCCAGUUCUGCGAGGUGCUUCAGGCAGUUCCAAAGAGGGAAGACUUUGAAAACAGUUUUAAAGGACGACCGUUUGGGAUUAUUGGAGAGACUCUUAGAAGGAGAGAACGGGGAUUAAAACACAGAGAAUGUUAG